AUGGCAAUGCAUCUCGCCAGUAUGGUACACGGCAGCGUUAGGGAGCGCGAGACGUUCCAACAUCCGUCCUACUUCCAACAAUCGCAGCCUCGCGCAUUCCCCAUGUCGGGUGUUGCCGCUUCCUCAUAUCCACAACAACAACAGCAACAACAACAGCAGCAACAACAACAACAACAACGGCCUCAGUCGCCGCCAUCACCACCAGCAGAGGAGAAGAAGCCUUCACUGCCGUCAAUCUCAAGUCUCCUUGAGUUUGCUGGCAAUGAAAAGGCUGCGUCUGAAACAGCUUCCCAAAGUCCUCAAUCACAACACCGCCAGUCGUCAUCGCCGCAACUAAGGCAGGCACAGCAGGGAGGAGCAGGAGCCAUGCAGCAACUAUCACAACCUGCCUACGCUCAAGUGUCUGCGCCGAGCAACCCAAGGAUGACCUUGCCUCCGACACCGCCAAUGCAUCCAGAUGUGGCACACGACGGCACCCAGUCCCCUUCAGCUGCAUCGAACCACUCCGCUGCAUCGGCGCCCUACUUCAUCGGUGGCUCGCUCAACAACAUGGAGCCGCACCAGCAACGCCAGGCCUUUUCCUCAAUGCCUCCAAUGAAGCGCGACUCACUACCAUCGCACUCCAUGUCCCCUUACAGUACUUCCGUCUAUGGCCAGUCUCCCUAUCAGUCGUCGCCAGGCGCUGCCUCCUCAACUUCAUUCUACUCGCCUGAGCAGCAUUCUUACAACAGCGCUGCCAUGUAUGCGCAACGACCGCUUCCCUCCAACUUCCAGCCUCACACAAUCCCAUUGCCAGCUCCUGUACCUAGCCCAGCUUCUAACGGCUCCAACCCGUGGCAACACCACCAUUACAUCAGCACCUCUAGCCAGUCUCAGUUUCCCCAGUCUCAGGAUCGCUACAUCUGCUCAACCUGUAACAAGGCUUUCUCGCGACCAAGCAGUCUGCGCAUUCACAGCCACAGCCACACUGGCGAGAAGCCUUACAAGUGCCCGCAGCCUGGAUGUGGCAAAGCUUUCAGUGUGCGCAGCAACAUGAAGCGACACGAGCGAGGUUGCCACGCAGCUUCCAGUACUACCCUGACGACAUAA